AGAUAUAUAAUCGGAAGACAAAAUUAAUCAGAACCGCCUCUUUGCCCUAAAGUCAAGAAAGAAAAAAAAGAAAACUCUCUCUCUCUCUCUCUGCGUUUCUGGCGGAGGAAGACAAACCAAAACCCUCAAAGAGCAAAAAAAAAAAGAAAAGAAAAACAGCGGGUUUGUGCUGCAAGUGAUUGAUCGGAGAAAAACAAAGCUUCAAAAAACCUAAGAGAAGAAAACGUGGGAGAGUUGAUCCGCCGAUCUCGUUUUUUUUCUCGUGGUAGAUUAGAUAAACACCCCCGAUCAGUUUGGUUGGGUGUGUGAUGGGGAGUAGUGAUGAGCGAAACAGUAAGGCGAUUGAUGCCUCCGUUGGAGGUUUGGUUUGGGUCCGACGCCGUAACGGGUCUUGGUGGCCGGGUCGGAUCAUGGCUCAUCACGAGGUUCCUGAUGAUACCAUCGUUUCUCCCAAAUCAGGCACACCUAUUAAGCUUCUAGGUCGUGAAGAUGCUGGCGUGGAUUGGUAUAAUCUUGAAAAGUCCAAGAGGGUGAAGGCGUUUCGUUGUGGGGAGUAUGAUGCCUGUAUUGAGACUGCUAAGGCUACUGCCACUGGUGCUAGUAAGAAGCCUGUCAAGUAUGCUCGACGGGAAGACGCCAUUGUCCAUGCUCUCGAGAUCGAGAAUGCCCUCCUUGUUGGAAAAGAUGAGAAGGCAAGCACGUCUUCUGACUCGACUGAAGGUGCGUUGCAGUCUAGUGUGUCUUGCGAAAAGACUAGUAAUGGCGAAUCUUCAAAGGUGCUGCCUUUGUCAGGAAAGAGGAGUAAAACAACACCUAGUGACUCCGAAGAUGAUGGGAGUGCAGGAAACAAACGAAUGAGAGGCCUUGAGGAUCUUGGAGUUAGUAUAGGAUCAAACGGAGAGGCUAAUAAGCAGGAAAAUGAUGAAGAAGACAUCAGUGAUUCUAUGCCGAAUGGGGUUCUUGCAAAUGGUACUAGCAGGGGUAGCUCUCCGUCAAUGAAAGGUAUAAAAAGGUCACCAGUUGUCAAUGCUAAUGAGAACUCUAAAAAGAAAAACCAACGACCGCGGCCACCGGCAAAAGUGUUAGAGAGUACUGCUACGGCUUCUGUUCCUGUCUCUGAAAACAAAGUUUCUGCUGUAAUCAACAAUAAUAACUCUGACAGCAAUGGGGUUUCGUGUGAGAAUGAUGAUGUUACAUUAAAUGCUUCCCAAGUGAUGAUGCAUAACAAGGCAAAAGAGACUGAAAUCUCCAGCAUAUCAGUUUCGGCAAAGGAUGAAGUAUUUGAUGUUCCCCUACUUGGAGAAGAAAAACACUCUGCAGGUACUUCAGAGGCAGCUUUCACAUUUUCACACACGAAAGCUCUGGCUCUUGUUUCUGAACCAACGAGGCAAUGUGAUGAUGUGGUGAAAACGGAAGGAUGUAAUGGAUUUGCUUGUAUAAGUCCAUCUGCUUUACUUAUCAAUGGGAUUGAGGAUAUCACUUCCAAGUGGCAGAUAAAGGGGAAAAGGAACCCAAGGCAGAUGAGUAAAAAACAAGAGGAAAGAAGACUUGCUUACGCCGAAGAAGCCAACAACAAUUAUCUGCCUCAUUGUUCUCUCUCUGAUCAAAAUCCACAUGGUGUUCAUUUCAGCGGUAUGGGAAGAAAUUCUCAACUGUACGACGUGAAGAUCGAGGAAAAAGGCAGCUACAAACCCAGGAACGUCCCGAUGAUUUCCCUUAUGAGUAAACUGGACGGUGAAGCUAUUGUCGGUCAUCCUCUAACCCUUGAAGUGCUUCAAGAUGGAUCGUGUGACCGCAUUUUGUGCAGUCAUAUCAAGUCGCUUGUUGUUCCAAUGGUUGCCGGUGAUGCGAAGCCGAAACCAUCUUGGAAGAAUAAAUCCAAGAAAAAGAAACCACACAUUCCUCCGCACAAAUCAUCAAAGUCAAAGAAAGCUUCGUCCCUAUCCAUAAAGACAAGAUGCCUCUCUGCUCUAAGUGGCAAGAAGCUGACAGUGAGUAGCAAGAAGAAAGUGAUGAUUGAGAAGACGAGAGAGGGGAUUGUGUCUUGCAUCCCUCUGAAAGUAGUCUUCAGUAGGAUAAACGAAGCAGUGAAGGGGUCAGCGAGACAAGUACAUAGAGCAUUGCCAUCUUCUGGCAAUAAUACUACAUGAUGAGAUGAGUUUGGUCCUCCCUGGUUUGAUUUCGCCUCUAUUUCUUGUCUUUUCUUUUUCUUUUAUUGCCUCAGGUUUAAGAUGAAACUAUCCCGGUUUUAGCGAGCUGGAUAGGUUUUACUGUAUAGUACAGAGAUAUCUUAGUCAUUGUGAGACAGAAAGAGAUAAAAGAAUGUGGAAGUGGAUGUGUAUAUGUAAUUAUAUUAGACAUAGCAAUUGGGGGUGGGAGGUGUAAUAUUAAAAGAAACAAAAAAAUAAACUCAGAAUAGGUGGAAGAAGACAUUGUUGCUCAUUUACUCAACUUAACAUUUCAAGGAUUGCUUUAGUCUUUUGCCAGAUAAACUCAGAUUGUUUGUUGUAAUAACUCUUAGAGGUUCUUGUCAAACUCAGAUGGAAAAGAAACUAUUUAUAGCUA